AUGAGCUCUCUAGGGGAUCAGAUUCGUGACUGGCACCGGGGAGUACUGGCCGUGGCACGCGAAGACUGGGACUCUGCGCUGUGCUUCUUCUCAGAUGUCCGGGAGCCGCUGGCUAAGAUGUACUUCAACAUUGGCUGCGUGCACCUGAUGGCAGGGGAUCCCGAGGCUGCGGUGCAGGCAUUUGACCAAGCAGUGACCAAGGACACCUGCAUGGCUGUUGGCUUCCUCCAGCGGGGAGUGGCCAGUUUCCAGCUGCAGAGGUUCCAGGAGGCUGAGUCUGACUUCCAGCUGGCCCUGGCACAGCUGAGGGGCAAUGCUGUCAUUGACUACACACAACUGGGUCUGGACUUCAAAUUGCAAGCCUGGGAGGUCCUAUACAACAUGGCAUCAGCACAGUGCCAAGCAGGACUCUGGACCAAGGCUUCCAAUACUCUAGUGGAGGCGAUCUCCAAAUGGCCAGGGGUGGCCCAAGGUAUCCUGGACAUUGCCAUGGACAAAGUGCAGAAACAGAUACCCCUGCAGCUGCGGCAAGUGCCCAAGGGUGAGGUCUUCCAGCCUCCCCGGCGAUACCUAAAACAUCUGGAGCCUAUGGAUUUCCUCGGCAAGGCUAAGGUGGUGGCUUCUGUCAUCCCUGAUGACCGUAACACGGACGUCCAGACCCAACAGAGGUCCCAGGUGGAGCAAGCUGGCCACCAGUCAUCCUCAUCUGUGUGUGAGAGGAUCCUGAGCACUACAGGUGGUCACACAAGCCCUGGCCUAUGUGACAGUUUGCUGGCACCUGGAGGGCCUGAUCCAGGCCACUCUGAAGAUUCCUCAGGAGCUAAGGUAAGAGCUGUCCUGCUCUUCAGUCCCUCCUCAUCAGUGAAACAAGGAAGCCCGUACCUCAGAUUCUCUUUGACCUUUCAGCCCAGCCUCUACUCUGAUUCCUUGCAUCCAAGAACAAACCUACCUUCAAAGGCUAAGCAGCCCUGUUUCUUUCCUCAGGGAGCAUCUACGAAGGACCCUGAAUCCUUGAUGACUGUCACUGUGCAGUGCCACUUUACUGUGCCCCUGAAGGUCCCAAGAGGAACUGGCCUGUCCAGUUUUCGGACACUACUAGCUCAAGCCAUCCUUCACCAGACCCAGACAGGGCAGCUUAGUUACAAAGCCCCAGGAGAGGAGAGAUCCUGGAACCCCAUUUCCACGGAGGAGUCACUGCAGAGUGUAUGGAAGAAUGUGCCCGUGGGCCCAAGAGGGGUGCAGCUCCAGUGCCGGCCCACCUUUCUGUUACAGGGGGCCUGGGGACGACCAGUGCUCUAUCAAGUAAUAGCUCAGUACAGCUACCGUGCCCAAAGGCCGGAGGAUCUGGACUUCCACCAAGGGGACAUGGUGGACGUUCUGUGUGAAGUGGACGAAGCCUGGCUGGAGGGACACCGAGACGGCUGUGUUGGCAUUUUUCCCAAGUGCUUUGUGGUCCCAGCUGGCGCCUCUGUGGAAACCCUCCCUGUACUGGGACCUUAGGUGGGAGACCAGCACUAGCAAUAAAUACCAUGACAAAAACCAGCUUUAAUUAAACAAACAAACAAAACAACUA